GGAAUCCCAGGCGCAUUACAUUACGACGGCAGAAUUAGAACAAGGGAAAAAAGCCAUCGACGCCCAGGAUAAUCAGCCGUUGACCGGACACAAUGCCUGGCUUCGACUUCUCCAACUACAACCGCAAUGUGGCAUUGCACUCUCGGGGCGUGCCACUGCCCAAGGCGACAAGCACAGGAACAACCAUUGUCGGGUGCAUAUACGACGGCGGUGUAGUGAUCGCCGCCGACACACGAGCAACGAGCGGCCCGAUCGUCGCCGACAAAAACUGCGAGAAGCUGCACUACAUCGCGCCCAACAUCUGGUGCGCGGGCGCCGGCACCGCCGCCGACACCGAGUUCACCACCGCCCUGAUCAGCUCGCAGCUGGAACUGCACGCGCUGUCGACGGGGCGCAAGCCGCGCGUGGUGACGUGCAUGACCAUGCUCAAGCAGCACCUGUUCCGGUACCAGGGCUACAUCGGCGCGUACCUGGUGGUGGCGGGCGUCGACCCGACGGGCACGCACCUGUUCACGGUGCACGCGCACGGCUCGACCGACAAGCUGCCCUACGUGACCAUGGGCUCGGGCUCGCUGGCGGCCAUGUCGGUGUUCGAGACCCAGUGGAAGCCGUCGCUGACGCAGGAGGAGGCCGUCAAGCUGUGCGCCGACGCCAUCGAGGCCGGCAUCUGGAACGACCUGGGGUCCGGCAGCAACGUCGACGUGGCCAUCAUCACGGCCGACAAGACGACGCUGAAGCGCAACUACAUCAAGCCGAACGAGCGGACGCAGAAGACGAAGAGCUAUGUCUUCGCGAAGGGAACCACGGCCGUGCUGAGCGAGAAGAUCAUUCGGAAGGAGGACCUCGGCAAGUUCGUCAGCGUGCACGAGCUGACCGGGGACGACGGUGAUAAGAUGGAGGUCGAUGUCUGAGACGUGUUGACCCGUGUGAGGGUGCAAUAUGGGAGGCGGCGGGAGUUAACGCAGGAUCAUCCUCUGCAUUGUGGUAGAUCACGGUCUCAGGCACUGGGCAGACUAGCCACCCUCAUAGUGACAUCCCUGCAGGGACCACCAGACGACCGUAGAUUCCCAGGCGGCCGGCCGUAUUAUGAUGAGGAGAAUAACUUGCGCCGGGUUCUAUUGCCAAUUGCCAGCGACAAGGUGAUGAUCGCCAUUAGACCUAUGGA